CUGUCGGUGAAUUUCCUUACUUGUUAAACAGCGUGGAAUCGAAUAUCGAGUAGGUCACUUGGUUUCAAUUUUAAAUUGAAUUCCUAUUAUAGAAAAUCAUUAUGGGUAACGUACAAGCUUCAUCAAAUUUACCACCGAUGCCGCCUAAUAUGACACCAAUACCACCACCCACGACGCCACAAAAACUGCCUCCCGAAAAUCGCAUCGAAAACCCCGGAUCAGUUGAAGAAUUACACAAGAAAUGCAAAGAACUGUUUCCGAUGACCUUUGAGGGCAUCCGACUUGUCAUUAAUAAAGGACUGAGCAAUCAUUUUUUCGUUAGCCAYAGUCUACUCAUUGGUGCAACCAGUCAAACAUCAAACUAUAAAUUUGGAUCUACAUUUGUAGGCACCAAUCAAGUUGGGCCUGGGGAUUUUAGUCCUCUUUUAAUAGGUGAUAUUGAUCCUCGAGGAAAUAUAUCUACAAAUGUUAAUGUACAACCCUGGGAUAAUGUCAAAAUCAAACUUAACACUCAGUUUCAAGAGUUUAAAACAAAUGGAAUUCAAACAACAGCUGAGUAUAAAGCAGACAGAUAUACAGCUACCUUGUGCUUAGUCAAUCCAGAUUUACUCAAUUACACAGGAAUUUAUAUAUCUCAGUAUUUAUUUGCUUUGAAUAAUAAAACAUCAGUGGGCGCUGAAGUCAUUCAUCAGCGGAGUCCACAAAUUCCAAAUGGGCAUAUAACAGUGUUUAAUGUCUUAGGAAGAUAUAUAUAUGAUGAUGCUACCACAAUCAGUACUACAUUAAGUUUAACUGGGUUGCAAUGCUGCUAUCAUUUCAAAGCUAGUGAGCAACUUCAAUUUGGUGUAGACCUUGAAGGUAGUCUUUUACAACGAGAUAUAAAUGCAACAUUUGCAUACCAAGCACAAAUUCCUAAAUCAGAUAUCAACAUUAAAKGUAGCAUAGAUAGAAAGUGGAAUGUUAGCACAACACUGGAAAAACGUUUACACCCAAUGCCAUUUACAUUUGCACUGAGUACUAUGUUUUCUCCGGCCAAACAUCAAUUAAGAAUGGGAGUUGGAUUUUUAGUCGGUUAAUUUAUAUAACAAUAAAUUUUGAUGUAGUCGUACAUAUUUUGGACCUUUU